AUGGAUGUCCAAGCUGAAGAACACUAUUCCACUCGCCGAUCACGAAGCCCACAUCAUCCUCAUCACUCUUCAUCAUUUGAUUUAGGAGACAGUGACUAUUCUUUACAUGACAGACAAAGAAGAUCAUCAGAUUGGCGAAGAGAGGAUGAAGAUUCUGAUUCCAGCUCACAGAGAAGUCCAAACCCUGAACGACGUGCACGUGUGUCCAGAUCUGAUCUAAUGCAUGUUUACAGGGAAUUGGUUGAAACAGAAAAAACCUAUGUGGCAGAGUUGUAUGAUAUUUUGUGGGGUUAUUAUUAUGAGAUGGAUAAUAAAUCUCUUCAACACCUCAUCCCUCCAGUAUUAAGAAAUAACAGAGACAUUCUGUUUGCCAAUUUGAGAGAAAUAUAUGCCUUUCAUCAUGAUAUAUUUCUUCAAGAGUUGCAGAGCUGCAGGGAUACACCGGCCAAAGUGGGCUUAUGCUUUGUAAAUAGGAGUGCAGAAUUUCAAAUGUACAGCAUCUACUGCCAAAACAAACCAAACUCUGAGAAUCUAAUUGAUGAAAUUGGAGAUCACCAUCCAUUUUUCAAGGAAUGUCAACGACGACUUGGACAUAAAUUACCACUGGGUGCCUAUCUGUUAAAGCCAGUCCAGCGCAUUACCAAAUAUCAUCUCUUACUGAAGGAAAUGCUGAAAUAUGUUGAAAAUGACGCUGCCUGUCAUGCAUUAUUACAAGAUGCUUUAAAGACAAUAUUAGGAGUUCUUAAAUAUGUGAAUGAUAUUAUGCAUCAGGUUUCCAUUGUGAAUUAUGACGGCAAUAUUGCGGAUCUGGGAAAGCUACUAAUGCAGGGGAGUUUCCAAGUCUGGACAGAAUAUAAAAACAAAAUGCGAGAUUUUCGUUUUAAACCUAUGGCAAGACAUAUAUUCCUCUAUGAGAAGGCCAUUCUGAUGUGCAAGAGGAAGGAUGACAAUCAAACGUCAGCAAACGCUGUAUAUAUUUUCAAGCAUAUGCUCAAGUUGUCUCAUAUAGGAUUAACAGAAAGUGUGAAGGGAGACAAACGGAAAUUUGAAUUGUGGUUACGGGGAAGAGAAGAAGUUCAUAUUAUACAGGCUCCGAGCAUCGAAGAAAAAGAGGAAUGGGUGAAGGAAAUUAAAGCUGUUCUACUGAAUCAGUUUGAUCAACUUAGAGUGCACAAGCUGAGCCAUUCUCGCUAUGGAAGUAGAUCACAAGAAGACCUCACCAGAAUGGGAAGGUUUUCUGAGUCUAUGGAGGGAAGCAGCGGAGAUAGCUGGCACACACGGUCAAUGAGCCAUUCCACUGGUAGCGCUCCCACAGUCCCUGUUGGUUUAGAAAUGAACUCUCCCUUAGAGUCCCCACCUGGUGAUGGUAUCAUAGACGAAGGCUGGUCGAGCGGAGAGUUCACCAACAGCGAUGAGGAUCUUGACGUUAUGCAACACCACCGCAACUUUGACCGUAUAGAACCCUCCUACUUACAACGGUUUUCUGUGCUCGCGGAUUACAUCCCUGUGGAUAACACAGAAUUGACUCUUCAGGAAAAUGAUGUAGUCGAAAUAUUGCGAAUAGGUGCCAAAGGUUGGUGGCUGGCCAGGCACCUGGGUAGCUCUGAAGAAGGAUGGGUGCCGUCCACAUAUCUGGAACCAGUUAUGAAACGACACUCACAGUCAACCAGUGCAUCCUCAUCCAGCAUAGAACCAUCCCCGGUAGCCUCCCUUGAUAGCGUGGGCAUCGGUAAAUCCAGCCAUUAUGCUGUACCCGGUCGAUGUCACCACAAGUCAAAGAAGCACAAAGUGAGCGGUUACCUCUCCAGUCCAGGGGAAGAAACAACAGUUUAG